CGGGGCCUUCUGGGAGCGGUUGUGGCCCGCGAGGCGCCGCCCCCGCCUCAGGGCGCUGUGGCUCCCUCGUCUGGAGAGCCGUUGGCGGGAGGCCGGCCGCUGUGCGAGUAGGUGGCGGCGGCGGCGGCGGCGGCGGCGGCAGCAGUAGCCGUCGCCGCCGGGGGCAGUGCCCCGGCCAGUGAGCAGCUCUCAGGGCGAUGGGGCCGGCAGCCUGGGCCACGGCGCGGCGGCGGUGACCGCGGGGAACCGGCCCUCCAGCUCCGCGGCCGCAGCCCCCGGCCCCGGAGGCGAGGCGGCCGGGCGCCCUCAGCGUACGAAGCGGCGUCGGCGUCGAAAGCGGACCCAGAGGCGGCGGCAAGGGUGGUGGCCGUGGCCGUGGCCGGGGCCGUGGCAGAAGCAGCAGGUGCAGGAGCGGCGGCCCAGGGCGGGACCCGACGCAGAGUCGGGCGAGCGAUGCUCGGGGGCCGCCCCGCGGUUGGCCCCCGUCUCGCCCCCGCCUCCUCCCGCCGAGAGAGCCAGGCGACGGCGGCGGCGGCGGCGGCGGCGACGACGGCGGUCGUCUAUGGAGCUCGAGAACUUCUUGGCCAACACCAUGCUGCUGAGAGCGCGCCAAGGUGGGUGCACAGCGGCGCCCCGACCCCGCCCGGGUCCUGAGCCCGUGCAGCCCCAGCCCUGCCGGGAACACCGACCCUGCCGCGGCCCCCGGAUCUUCCGUGGAAUCGGGACCCCCGGGCCCGCGCAGCCUCACUCUCUGGAGUGCGCGGUCAGCGAGUGGUCAGCCCGGGCACCUAACGCCUAAGCUGCUCCGUCGCCUUUCGGCGCCGCCUCAGGACCCGCGUGAAGGAAGCCCGCGCGCUGCUCCAGUCAGUGUGCUCUUGAUCCCCUGUCCUGCCCUCCUUCCGGAACCUCGGGACGCAGUGUGGCUUCAGCAUCGGGCGAGCAGUGUGAUCUGUCCCCAAGAGAGGAGGCCAGACCAACCAGUAAAGCCAGCGGCAAAGAACCGUGCCUUUGUGGCCUUCAAAGGGCCACCGAAGAGAAUCCUGUGAACCGCCCUGGGAGACCCUUCCCUUAAGUGUCUAUUGUUGUUGUUCAGUUGCUCAGUCGUGUCCGACUCUUCUGCGAUCCGGUGGACUGUAGCCUGCCAGGCUCCUCUGUCCAUGAGAUUUCCCAGGCAAGAGCAGGGGACUGUUACCAUAGCAUCUCUUCUUGGGUUUGAGGUUUGAUGGUGUCCAGACUUGUGUAGAGUGGGUUUUAGCCCGGCUUAGGGAGAGAUCGAACACAUUAGGAAGAAUUCAUGCUGGUCGCCAUGCAGAAGCAGCAGUUGGGCCAGCCCUUCCGCUUGCUGACCCUAGGAGUACAGUUCUCUGUGGAGGAGUGUCGGCAGAUGAUGUCUCAUUGAAAAGAACUGUGUGUGUCACUAUGCCAGGCUCACCUUGAGGAGGUAUGAAAUGAUCAUGUUAUUCAUAAAGAAAUUAACCUUAUAAAUGCGCAGGGAAGAGGAUAUGAUAUGAACAUUAAACGUGGAUUUUGGUCAUGUGUACGGGAGUUGGUGAUGGACAGGGAGGCCUGGAGUGCUGCAGCCCAUGGGGUUGCAAAGAGUCGGACACGACUGAGCGACUGAACUCAACUGAACUGAUAGCAAUUCUGUUGAGGUUUCAGGUUGUAGUUUUAUCUACAGGUUUGUUUAGCACCUGACAUAUAGUUGAUAUACCUUUUAUCAUUAAUGCUAUCUCUUGCUGAAGCUUCCUCAUCAGGAUUUUUGGUUGCAAGGAGUUUCUAUAAGUAGCUUAUACCUUCCAAUUCCAGAAAUUGGUUUGGACAUGCUCUUGUAUGCUUACUGUUCAAACUUUCUGUGCAGCAGGCCCUUCUUAUUUUCUCGUUUGGUUCUUUCCUCCUUUCAGGGCCACUUUACCUUCAUCCUCCUUGUCCGUGUCUCUGGUCUUCCAGCUCAGAGGCACUCUCUGCCUGCUGGGAAUCUGGAACUUGAAGCUCACAGCACGGGGUAGCCAGUGGUUCUCGGCUAAAUUGUCAUCUGUUGUAAGGACAGGACAGAACUCUUACUUUUAUUGUUUAUCCCUUUCUGUGCUGGCCAUAUAAUUGGCACUUAGUCGACAGUUGGAGAUUAAGGGGGGCAAUUUGGUAAUUUCAAAAAAGAGAAGGUGAAAUUUGUGCUGAAAACUAAAGGACUGGCUUGAUACGGAGGGCUUAAGGCGUGUUCAGGUUUGCCCGCAGAGCCUGAUGGUUGAUAGCUGAGAACAGCUAGUGUUAGUGGGGGUUUGCAGCAUCCAGGCGGCGCGCUCACUUCUUUCUGGGCGCUACCCCAGCUUGGCCCAGACCUCAUUCUCCUGUUCUGCAGAGCUGGGACUUGGAACAGCCCUCCUUCACGGUGUUGGCGGGAGGGCUGCGUGGAUUAAUGUGAUAGAGUGCUUGGUGCUUAGAAAGUGCUCAGUAAAUAAUCAUGGUGGUUGUGGUUGUAGGUUUGUUAUGUCCAGAACCUUGAUGAUGAGCUGACACAUUGCACCUGUGAUCAUUUACUUGACCUUGAACCUGGCUCCUUGUCUCAUUCUUCGGCGUUCUCUUCCUGAGUCCCCAUGUGCAGGAGGUCCUUGAAUCUCAUUUAUUCUUGAGCUUUAUUAUUUGUCUCGUUCAUUUUUUGUUUGUGUCUUCUCCCAGUACCCCCUUAGUUGAUUCUCUACACCUCUUAAGUUGACUGAGGGCAGUGGUUUCCUAGCUGGUCUCUACUUUCAGAGUUUUUUCUCUUUUAUAAUCCCCAAGGCUGCUAGAACACUCUUUCUAAAACACAGAGUUGUUCUCUUUAAUAAUCUCCUGUUUAAAAUUUGGCCCUGGAGCUUCAUCCUGGGUCACGUCCAAAUGCCUUCGUUCAUCAUGGCCCAGAGGGUCCUGCCUGACCACUGGCCUGCUCUCCUCUCCUUGUGCAUAGCAGCCCUGGGUCACACCAGUUCAUGCCCCUGGGCUUUUCUCUCCUGCCUGGCAAAGUCGUCUUCUUCCUUCCUGUUCCAGGAAGUCUGUUCUGGGAAACGUCUGAGGCUGUGCAGAAGGCAUGGUCACUGCCUCCCUCCAGCUCCUGCUGUGCCCAGGAGACACUCUCGCUGCGCUGGGCAUGCCUGGGGCAGCUUUGGGUCUCCUCUCCUGGCUCACCAGCACCCAGCACUGUGCUAGCGCUCAGUCUCUUUGCAAAUGCCAAAUGCCGGCUGAGGACAGAAGAGCACGUCUCAGAAAGUCCCUCAGUACUGGAAAGAACCAGAAAUUGAGAUUUCAAAAUAAACCGUCUUUUUAGACUUCCCUGGUGGCUCAGACGGUAAAGCGUCUGUCUACAAUGCGGGAGACCUAGGUUCAAUCCCUGGGUUGGGAAGAUCCCCUGGAGAAGGAAAUGGCAGUCCACUCUAGUACUAUUGCCUGGAAAAUCCCAAGGACAGAGGAGCCUGGUAAGCUACAGUCCAUGGGGUUGCAAAGAGUCGGACACAACUGAGCAACUUCACUUUAGAGUAGCAGUCUGGAAAUAGGGACCGAGACCUGAGAUUUUAUUCAACUUUGAGGCAUCAGUUGACCCCAUACUUGUAAAUGCUAAGUCUAGUACCGGAAUGUUUAUAGUACCUUUAUUCAUAAUCGUCUCAAACUGGAAAUAACCUUUCAACCCAAAGGGUAUCAGCAAGAGAGUGGAUGAACAAGCCGUGAAGCUCCGUAAUACCGUGCUGCCUUAGAAGAGAGAACUACUGACGCGCGCAACAGCUGGGCGUGUGUUGAGGGGAAGAGCAGGAGAAGCUGCAGUCCUCCAUGAUCUCCUGAGCUUGAAGAGAAAUUGAAUAAUCCAUGGUCAUCACAGUGGUGAUUGCCUGGAGGAAGGGGAGGGCUGACACAGAAGAGGAGCUUUGGGGGAUGGAGGGAUUAACAAGAAAAGUGGCCGCAGUAAGAAAUGGAGGGAGAUGCUGAGACUGCCCCCCGUCAGCCAGUGCAGCGAGCUUCGCCAGUCCAUCGAGAGCGACUACAGCAGCCUCUGUGACAAGCAGCCGAUCGGAAGACUCCUCUUCAGGCAGUUCUGCGACACGAAAGGGGAUCUGAAGAGGCGGAUUGAGUUCCUGGAUGCAGUGGCAGAAUAUGAAGUGGCCGCUGAUGAGGACCGAAGACACUGUGGGCUCCUGGUCUUGGACACGUUCUUCGGGGGAAAGGGUUCGCCAGCCCCUCUACCAGAAAUACCUGAAUACGUGGUGCUCAAGUGCAGGCAGAGGCUGUGGGAGGACCCAUCCAAAGACGUCUUCGAGGAGUGCACCAGAAUUGUCCAUGACCAUUUAAGUGAAGAAGCAUUUGAAGAAUACCAAGAAAGUGCAUAUUUUUCUCGAUUUUUACAGUGGAAAUGGCUGGAAAGGCAACCGGUGACAAAGAGCACAUUUAGGCACUACAGAGUCCUGGGGAAAGGCGGGUUUGGAGAGGUUUGUGCCUGUCAAGUGCGAGCUACAGGAAAAAUGUACGCCUGUAAGAAGCUAGAGAAGAAAAGGAUAAAGAGGAGGAAAGGGGAGGCCAUGGCCCUGAACGAGAAGAGGAUCCUAGAGAAAGUGCACAGUAGGUUUGUAGUUUUUGCAUUUUCUUUCCUACAACGCUGCUGUCCUCAGGUUAGUUUAUGUUACACAUACCAAACCAAAAAGUCCCUGUGCUUGGUGCUAACCAUUAUGAACGGAGGGGACCUGAAGUUUCACAUUCACAACCUGGGCGACCCCGGCUUCGAGGAGCAGAGAGCGAUCUUCUACGCAGCCGAGCUGUGCUGUGGCUUGGAGGAUCUGCAGCGGGAGCGCAUUGUGUACAGAGACUUAAAGCCCGAGAACAUCCUCCUCGAUGAUCACGGACACAUCCGGAUUUCAGAUCUUGGUUUGGCCUUGGAGAUCCCAGAAGGGGCGAAGAUCAGUGGAAGAGUCGGAACGCUGGGCUACAUGGCUCCGGAGGUUAUCAACUCUGAGAGCUAUACAUUCAGUCCUGAUUGGUGGGGGCUCGGCUGUCUGAUAUACGAGAUGAUUGAGGGACAUUCUCCGUUCAAAAAAUACAAAGAGAAGGUUAAGCGUGAGGAGGUGGAGCGGAGAGUGAACAAAGAGACAGAGCAGUACUCCGAGAAGUUCUCCGAGGACGCCAGGUCCAUCUGCAGCAUGUUACUCACCAAGGAUCCUAAGCAGCGCCUGGGCUGCAGGGGCGAAGGGGCGGCUGAAGUCAAGGGACACCCUGUGUUCAGGGACAUCAACUUCAGGCGGCUGGAGGCCCACAUGUUAGACCCGCCUUUCCACCCUGAUCCGCAGGCGGUUUACUGCAAGGACAUCUUGGACAUCGAGCAGUUCUCCACGGUGCGGGGCAUCCAACUGGACAGCACCGACAGCUGCUUCUACAGCGAGUUCGUCACAGGCUGUGUCUCCAUCCCCUGGCAGAACGAGAUGAUCGAGUCUGAAUGUUUCAAGGACAUCAACGAAAGUGAAAACGAGCCAGUUGUGGUUUUAGAGCCAAAUGAGAAGACGGAUCAGCAAGUUCCCAGGCAGAAGAGAGGCUUCUUCUACAGACUCUUCUCCAGAGGGUGCCUGUUGUGUGAGGGGCUAUAUACAGCGUGCAAGCUACCCAUGCGGUGUGUUUGAGCCCGGCGAGAAGAGUCCUUCCAGGGGUGUUUGCUGUUGGUAUGAACUCUGUCCUGAUCGCAAAAGAAGAAAUGGCUCCAGCACUUGAAAAGAGACCCCGCUGUCCAUGAGAACGCGUUUCACACUAGGCUCAUGAAGCAUUGUGAAGAACCAAUGUAAAAGAAUGAAAGUCCUUUCAGUUUC